AUCAUUUCCUUUGUAUGUUACAUUUUAGAACCUAAGCCUGCGUCAUUUGCCUCCAAAGGUUUUCUGUGAAGUGCAUGUGAUGUGUGUUGAGGUAUGAUCACUCAUUUUUACGGUUUAAAUUUUGUUAUCAGGUUUCACCGACAAAAAACUUUGAUUUCUCCCGUCCAAUGUAAAUCUCUGUGGAGACAAUUCAAGGCAAAGACAGAAUACACUGUAACCCAGGCCAUUUCUGCUCAGGAAGCCCAUAAACGUAAUAACAAUGGGUUACCACCUCUGUGGGCAAUGUUUGCCAUUGUUGUGUUGGGAUUCAAUGAAUUUAUGACUCUUUUAAGGAAUCCUUUGUAUCUCUUCAUUAUAUUCGUUGUUUAUCUAUUGGCCAAAGCACUCUGGACCCAGCUAGACAUCUCAGGCGAAUUUUGAAAUGGCACUAUGAGUAGUAAAUCUAUGAACACAAGCUUGUUUCAUGUGCCCAUCCUGUUGUGAAGUCCACAUGUUGAUAUUGUUGGGUUUUCAAAUAGCUUGGAGGAUUGGAACUUCUAAUCUUGUGAUUAAAUAGGAAUUCAGGCUUAAUUAUGAUAUUAGCUUUCUUAGCGGAAUUCA